GUGAAGUUUAAAAUGAAUGCCAUUGCAUUGCACAAGUCUGGAUCAAAUCAAAGACUGGGUAAACAUAUCAAUAGUACAGUUUCAUGUGUGAAUAAAGUACUGUUGAAAUUCUUCAUUGAAAUGGAUAACGUUAACUGUAAACGUCUUUAGCCAUACAGUGUCAUGUCAUAGUGACCGCCUUUUAGAUGACCGUAAGUGAAAUUUAAAGCAAACUCUUAUUGCCACAAGUAAACUAUGCUAGGAUCAAGUAAGAUAGUAACGUUCAAUGCUGUACCAAGAUCAUCGCCAACAAACAAAGCGCACACUUGGACAAUUAGUCAAGGAAAAGAAAAACAUUGAUAGUCUCUGCAAUCUCUUAGUCUAUACAACGCACAACUUAACAGAUUGGAAAGGGAGAACAAGGUGUUGAAAUAUAUCACCUUGUUCCUGCUGUUCCUAAUGUUGACCUUACUAGCUGUGUCCUCCUUCUCGGCUUCCUGGACUAUCACCUCAGCGGGCGGAACCGUCUACAAAACAGAAGGCAUGUAUUGGAGUUGUACCUUAAAAUCGUGCGCUUAUCAAAGUCGGCCGUCUGGCUGGCAUGAAACUGUCCGUUAUUUAGUCUACCUGAUGUGGAUGCUUUUGUUGGGGACACUGACUCUAAGCAUCUGUUCUUUAUUUAUCAUCAUCUUUCGAGUGACCACGAUAUUCGCAUUUCUCUACAUGAUUACAGCCUUUUUUGGCUUUUUGGUCCUCAUUAUAUACCCUGUCGGAGUGAGUCCUAUCGGUAAAGAUAAUCUAAAUGAAACUUGGUUUGGCUACGGUUACUACACCUUUCUGGCAAGCAUCGUUGUCAUGAUCAUCCUGUCGCUGAUGUGUUUUGAGAUGAUCCCAGACACGUACCCUGGAUUGUAAACAGUAGGUCAGACGAAAGAGCAUAACGAGAUUCGAACCUGUGUAAUUCCAUCUCAUGUCCAUCCCUGAAAUGAGUUUGUUUGUGGGUUGUUUUUUUUUUUAUUUCGAGGGAAAAACUUGUAUCCAUGUUCGGUGUUCGUUCAGGCUAGAAACCAAUCAAAGCAGCAUCCAAAACGGGGCAAAGCUUUAAUAUAAAUGUUGUGUUGUCAGUCUGUCAUGUUUACAUUUUUUAAAUGAAGAAAACGUUUUCAAAUUCUAUUUCCCCAGGCUUGUACUUUGCCAAAUUUAGUCAUCUAGAAUUAAACCUUUUUUUUUAAAUAUUAUGCAAGCCAUAUUUAAAACAAUGCUUAUAAAGUAAAUGUAUUAGGCAAUGGAGGAUGCAUGGUGCAUUGCUAUAAAAAUAGAAUAUAAUAAUUUUUUUAACAUUCACAUUUUAUUAAUUAAAAUAGUAUUAUAAAAUACACAUACUACUUUGUAUGUGUUUUCUGUUGUAUCAGCCACCAACAGUUAUCUGAAAAUGUGUUGUUUUUUUUCUUGUGAAAAGUGCAUUUUUAUAUUAAUUAAUUUCUUGAAACAAAACUUAAUUGGCAGUGGGUCAUGUUAUUUAUUAAUCAUACGAUUUCUUGAGUACGAGAUUCCAGGAAAGUCCAGCAAAACGUUUAUGCUAGGCCAAGGACUACUCAGCUAUUUCGUGGUACUCGGGUUGAAACUAUCACUAGAGGAAGUAAUUAGGUGAAAUGAGUGGCAACACAAGACUCCUGUUAAAGUGUUUAAGGGAGUACUUGGGCUUUCUCAUUGCAUAGUGCAGAGUUAUAAAGGAGCUUCCACGACCGUGUCGAUAAUCCAGCGCCUUUCCUCAAGAGACAGUCACAGUAAGGCGAGUCCUACACGGUUUGCUUGGUAAAACAUAGGAAAAUGGCGGGGAUUCCAGGUGUGCGCGGCCUUUAGACAUGUAUUCUAGUACAUGCGCCAAGCAGCGCCAGGAGUGCCAGACACAUUGGAAAUAGCAGUGUGUUAUAUAGUCCUUGACUUGGACUUCUUCUAGGCAAAACAGUUUGUUUGUUCAAUCAGGCUUUCAAGCCUAGAGUUCCAAGAGCCUUCUUUUCUUUUGACAAUCUCACGUUUCGGCAAAUCGCAUGCCAGUGUUGGCAUGUCUUAAUUACUUUUAGCUUACUUAUUUCUGUCUUUACACUACUAAAUUACGAAACGAUAAUCACAUGUACUUUACUUAGAUUUGUGAUCCUUAGAAAGGGUUAGAGCUAAUUGAAUAAUUUCUACCCUUCCUUCUUUUUUGUACCUCAUACUCACCCUCUAUCACUUUCACUUCACACACUCUCUAUCUCUCUCUCUCUCUCUCUCACACACACUCUUUUUCACUAUUUCUCACACACUCUCUUUUUCACUAUCUCUCACACACUCAAUCCUUUUCUUUUUUUCUAUCUCUCUCUCUCUCACUGUCUUAUUUUCUCAUUCUCUCUAUCAUUCUCUCUCUCUCUCUCUCUCUCACACUUCCUUUACUAUUUUAACUGUGAAUAGACCUUGUUUUUUAAUAACUUAACUAAAUAAAAUUUAGCACUUGCGGUAUGAAGGGAGAGUGACCUUUUAGGUACUAAAGGGCAAGACAUGGCCUAAAGUGUGCCGAUGUGCCAAAAAACUCAAAACUCAAACUCUCUCUCUCUCUCUCUCUUCCUAUCUCCGUCAUGACCCCAAAGGUGUUACAAUGCACCCAUUUAUAUAAUAUGAGUGUGUGUACUUUUACAUCCCUGGCCUACUAUAUGUUAGCUUAAAGAACCAAAUGUCAAUGUCAUUCAUCGCCUCUAUCCAUUGAAUGUAUGUUUGAGAUAUCAAAUUUAAAUUAUCAUAUCCACAAGCUGCAGCAAUGGGAAAACUUGGUUUAGUUUCGGGUUGAGACGAGUUGAGUGUCACGUGUUAAUGUUUGAAGUGACUUCAACUGAGACAGUAGGCCUGAACACUGACCUGCAACGUCGCAACCUGUGGGCUGCUCAAACCAAUAGCUUGCUGCCACGUCACAGGUCUGUACGACGUGGCAGCGAGCUAUUGGUCUCGACUGCCUACAGGCUGAGACGUUUGAGUUGAGGCGUUCUUUAACGAAUGGUAACGCUCUAACGCGAUCACUGAAAGGCAAGCUGCUUUAAAAAUCCAAUUGUGAAGGUAGAGUAGAUUAUGAGAUAAAAUGUAAACAUUAAAGAAUAUAAGAGUAUUAACUCUUUCUCUGAUGAUUGACGACACCAUCCUUGAUUGGACCUCAUUAAAUUAAAUUAAUGUUUAAUUUUAUAAACUUUAUUUUGUGUUUUAUAAAAAGAGCAAGCGUUCCCCUUUUAUUCUAUACAAAUAAAACAUUUUCUGAUAUUGAAUCUUAAUCAUAACAGGGUAGUGAAAUAGUAAUUAACAAAAUGAAGAAUUCCGUCGAAACGUGGAAAAAUAAUUACGGAGAGAUAGAGUUAA